CAUUUGAGACGCUGUCACCUGCAAAGUCGCCAGUUUCAAACCAGAAAGGAUGCUUUAGUUUGUCAAAGUGGCCGGUGCCCUCGUGUGCAUGCUCAGCGGUGAGCUCGAUGCAUGCCCGAUGAGGCGCUUUUUGGGGCUGGUGUUGGAGCGGCUGGCGGUUCUGUCUAAAAACCUCAAGCUGAGAGAUUGCAAGAAAUCAAAGAAGAAACUCAACAAAUGGAAAAGCAAAGCAUGGGUGAUCCUGACAGUCUAUCUCAAUGACACCCAGCAGAUGUUAACUGAGGUCCCAGUUACUCCAGCAACAAGAGUGGUUGAUGUGGUGGAGUACUGCAAGGAGGCUGGUGAGGGGGAGUGCCACUUGGCCGAGGUCUGGAAUGGACACGAGCGAGCUCUCCCUCCGGAGCUGUUAUUGUUGGACCUUCUUCAGCGGUGGGGAGCCAGAAGGCCUGAGGUCAGCUUCUACCUCAGACACUGCCCCCCCUGGCCUCAAGAUGGUCCACAGUUGGAGCAGAGCUGGACCACAGAGGCUGCAGAGAGUCCCAGUGAUAAGGUUCCCCGUGUGGAGCUGACCCUCUCUGAGCUCCAGGAAAUGGCAACAAGACAACAGCAACAAAUCGAGGCUCAACAGCAGAUGUUGCUGGCCAAGGAGCAGAGAUUGCGGUAUCUUCAGCAAGGGGGCAAAUCUAACCAGGGACAGACUCAGCCUGAAGCUGAGAAGCUGCAGCGGCUGAAGGAGCGCAUGGAGACGCAGGAGGCAAAGCUGAAGAAGAUCCGAGCCAUGAGGGGACAGGUGGACUACAGCAAAGUGAUCAACGGAAAUCUUUCUGCAGAGAUCGAUCAUGUUUCAAGCCUGUUUCAAGAGAAGCAGGCAGAGCUGCAGUCUGCUGUGAUCCGAGUCGAUCAGUUAACUCAACAGCUGGAAGACCUGAGGAGAGGACGCCUUCAGCUCCACUCUGGUGCUCCAGCUCAGGGAGCUUUCCCAGGAACCCAGGGGGCCGGUACCGGUCAUAAAGGAUCCCCUUUGUCUGGCCCUGCAGCUGUGGAGCUGAGGAAACUUUACCAGGAGUUGCAGGCCCGUAACCGUCAUAAUCUGGAGCAGAGCAGCAAGUUGGCUCAGAACAAGGACCUGCUGAACAAGAGGAAUGCCCAGGUGUCGGUGAUGGACCAGCGCAUUGGCGACUUAAGGGAACGGCUGCAUAAGAAAAGAGCAGAAUUGAGCCGCAUGAACGGUGGAGUACCGGCCUCCCCUCAGAAUUCCCCCCAAACUAGCGGUGGAGUUUCUGGCCGAGUGGCGGCCGUCUGCCCCUACAUCCAGGUUCCUGCUGAGGGGAAACAAGAGGCGGGGUACCCUCUUCCUGCGGACCCCCCAUCCAAACCCUCCCCCCUGAACCAUGUUCGUUCUGCCUCAGAGGAGGACAGGAGUGGCAUCAGGAAGCCCCCCAGCCAAUGGAAAGUGUCAGAUUUAGACAUCGUCCUGUCUGAGCCCACUGAGAUGUUGCAGGGAUCUCUGUCCUCUCAAGGGAAGGACAGUAACAACACAAAUGAAGCGUCAUGGCCGAGCAUCAGCAAAAGUGUACCAGACUGGAGAAGCGGCAGUCCAGAACAGCUCCCCUCUGGUUAUGGUACAUACCCCAGUGCCACUCACCAGGCAGCAGGGCAUCACUGUGCAACAAGCUCCCUUCCCCGCUCUGCUCCUGGUACUCUGGGCUGGCCCCGAUCCAGUGUCACAAACAGCGCCUCCUCCCCGUCUUCAUCACCCAAUUCCCAGAAAAUACAGCAUCGCAUCUCGGUCCCUCCUCAUUUAAGCCAAGGUCCUGCCAUUUCCUCCCAGCCAACUCCAGCGUCUCCGCAAACAGAGCGCACAGAUCCCCCCCCAGCUGUGGCAGUGCGUCCCUACGUGCACGACCACUCGUCCAGGCCGCAGUCCCCCAGAAAGGGCCCCGCCACCAUGAACAGCAGCUCCAUCUACAGCAUGUACCUCCAUCAGCCUCAGGCCACAAAGUAUGGAUCUCUCAGCAACAGAACUACAGUCAAAGCUGUUUACGGAAAACCCAUCCUUCCUGCCUCUUCCACUUCUGCGUCCCCUGUCCCCUUCUACCAGGCAGGAAGAGGAACAAAAGCAAACGGAGACGAUGUCACAGAUAAAGGAGUGAAAGGAGGAGAGAGCGGUGAUGGUAAAAUCCUUCCUCCACCCAGUGUGGACAACAUCCCUCGUCCACUAAGUCCCACUAAGCUCACUCCAGUGGCUCACUCACAGCUCCGAUACCAGAGCGAUGCGGAUCUGGAGGUUCUCCGCCGGCGUCUCAGCAACGCUCCACGACCUCUGAAGAAGAGAAGCUCAAUCACUGAGCCAGAGGGCCCUCAGGGACCCAACAUUCAGAAAUUGCUUUACCAGAGAUUCAACACAUUAGCUGGAGGCAUGGAGGGAGUUUCAGGCAACACUUUCUACCAGCCUGACAGUCUUUUAGGAGAAACCGACAUCAUCCAUUCAGCCAAUGGAAACGCAGAUCCUGGUGACAAGCAUGUUAGCGUUGCGGCCGUUGAGGCCAAAGGUCAAAAAGUGAACCUGGAGUCCCGCCGCUCGUCUCCUCCUUUAUCUACUCCAGAAGCAUCCAAAGAGGUGGCGGCAGCAGCAGAGAGCAGCAACAGCCAGGUCUCUUCAUCUCAACCUAUCAGCACAGGUCCUGCACCUACAAAGCUGGAAGAUCAGAACAACAACGACCAAAGAGGAUCCAGUCCUGGUCACAGUUCAGAAAGACACAAGCCCCCCUCUCCACUGCCUCCUGCCCCUCCCUCACUGCCCAAGACAAAGCGAAGCAACCUGAAGAAGCCUUCAUCAGAGCGGACGGGACACAGUCUGAGGGUGAAGUUCAACCCUCUGGCUCUGCUGCUGGAUGCUUCCCUAGAGGGAGAGUUUGAUCUGGUGCAGAGGAUCAUCUAUGAGGUGGAAAAUCCCAGCAUGCCCAACGAUGAAGGCAUUACUCCUCUUCACAACGCUGUCUGCGCUGGUCAUCACCACAUUGUGAAGUUCCUGCUGGACUUUGGAGUCAACGUAAACGCAGCAGACAGUGACGGAUGGACCCCUCUUCACUGCGCAGCCUCGUGUAACAGCGUUCACCUCUGCAAGAUGCUGGUGGAGUCCGGAGCGGCCAUUUUCGCCACAACAAUCAGUGACGUGGAAACUGCAGCAGACAAAUGUGAAGAAAUGGAGGAGGGCUACACUCAGUGUUCUCAGUUCCUGUAUGGUGUGCAGGAGAAGUUGGGUGUGAUGAACAAAGGCUUGGUGUAUGCGCUGUGGGACUACGCUGCCCAGGAGGCCGACGAGCUCUCCUUCAGCGAGGGCGAUGCCAUCACUGUGCUGCGUCGCCGUGACGACACCGAAACAGACUGGUGGUGGGCGCGACUGAACGACCGCGAGGGAUACAUUCCCAGAAACCUCCUGGGGCUGUACCCGAGGAUCAAACCCAGACAACGCUCGCUGGCAUGAAGCCCGGACCACAAGGCACGCUGGCAGAAGUCACAUGCACGGCCAAACACGACAAAGGAGAAGAGGAGCAUGCGGUUCGGAAACAGAGACGGAAAACCUCAACGGAGAAUGAAAAAAGAUGGCAGAGACUGCAUUUAGUCUGAAUGUAGCAGAACCGAUUCAUGGUAGAAGCAUCGUUUCUUUUUACAGGCCUGGAUUUUGGAUCCAAUGCUUGACAGGCUUCACGAGAAUUCAGCAGCAUGAGAAAGGUGCUGAAGAAAAAAAAAAGAUUCCGUUUAACUUUUGGAUGUAACUUCAACGUUAAUGCAGCUUUAGAAAGUGAAAAUAUGAUGCAGAUGUUUUCAAGUUCUACGUGAUAUUCUCCAAAGAAUCUACCAUUAGCCAUCACUUUUUUAUGGUUUUUACAGCCAAAGAAAAAACGCGAUGAGGUGGAAGGAGGUGAAAGAAAGUGCAUUUUGAAUGUGAAGACGGAGAGGAAAAACGACGAAGGAUGCCUGAAAGUUUUUUGAGUGGCUAAAAAAAAGGGUUUUAUUGGAAGUCCUUUUCAUGUCAAUGUUAUUUUGACAGCCAGUUGUUAGUGGACAGCAGAAAGAGGAAGUAAGUAGGUUUAAAAAUUUGACUGAUUUUUAUAGUUCAGAAUAAAGAGGCAGGCUCCUUUUAUUAGCAGAAAAACCUAAAAACCAAAAGUGCAGUGUUAAAAGAUUUAAUCAGCUCUUAUUAGGCUUUUUACAGCAAAGUCAACCUCUGUUUUGAAUGUCAUUAACUAUAACAUUUUUCAGUGUUAUUAUUUUUCUCACCUUUUCAUUAGUGUUGUUUAAUACCCCUAAUGUUGCUGUUUUAUUUAAAACAACAAUUUUUUUUGUAUUUCUAUGAAUAAAUAUUACUAGUAUACCCUUGAUUUUCUGUCAGAAAUGACUCGCUUCUGCCACCUAGUGUACAGAAAGGGUUUGGCACAAAUACAAGAACUGGUCAUCAACCCCCCCACCCUGUAUGAACAAUGAAGCAGUUCGCUGAAAGACGUUUGAUGUGAAGGUUGAACAUGAAUUUUGAGGAGUAUAAAUCAUCAUUCUGUGUAUAUGCAAGCUGUAACUGUACAUGUAAUGUGCAAUAAUAAAAGUUUAAUCCAUGCAAAGA